AUGCUUGAGUUUCACUCCUUUGUGGUUUCCAAUUUAUUUUUAUUCUUCAUUUGUUUCAUCGCUUGCCUUUUCCUCUUGGAUUUUGUGAAGAGUAGGAAGAAUGGAUCACAGUUUCCACCAGGUCCUAAAGGCGUUCCAUUUCUUGGUAACAUUCUGCAGGUUGACUUCAAAGACCCAACAGAAACAUUGCGGCAGCUGAGAAAUGAGUUUGGGGAUGUAUAUAGUUUGCAGUACUUCUGGAAAAAAAUGGUGGUGCUGAAUGGAUUUGAAGUGAUGAAGGAAACGCUGAUCAACAGGUCAGAAGACAUCGCAGAUCGACCUCGAUUUCCUAUUUAUGAAACUUUAGGAUACGUUGGAGACACCAAAGGCAUAAUAUUAGCGCGAUAUGGGAGAUCAUGGAAAGAACAAAGAAAGUUUACCCUGUCAACACUAAGAAACUUUGGAAUGGGCAAAAAAUCCCUUGAGGAAAGAGUGGUAGAAGAAGCUCAGUGUCUGUGUUCUGCAUUUAAAUCCCAAAAAGAUCACUUCAAUCCACAUUUCCUCAUAUUCAAUGCUGUUAGUAACGUAAUCUCUUCCAUUGUAUUUGGGGAUCGGUUUGACUAUGACGAUGCUAAAUUCCAACGACUUUUACAUCUAUUACAUGUGGCCCUAAAGGGUAAAUGUGGAAUCUUGGCCCAGAUCCUACAUGAAAUUCCUAUUCUAAUGAACAUCCCAUGGCUUGUUGAUCGUGUGAUGAAGCCAGAGUAUGAAGUCAUUGAAUUUUUAAAGGAAAUAGUUUCAGAUCAUCAUAAGACUUGGAAUCCAAACUUCACCCGUGAUUUUAUUGAUGCCUACCUGGUGGAGAUGGAAAAAGUAAAAGAAGACAGUACAAGUAGUUUCAAUGAGGGAAACCUGCUUAUGACAACAUAUGAUUUGUUUGUGGCUGGGGCAGAAACUACAAGUACCACCCUGAGGUGGGCUCUGUUGUAUGUGAUCCUCUACCCAGAUGUACAAUCCAAAGUACAAGAAGAAAUUGAUGAAGUAAUUGGAAGAAAACGGACACCGACAAUGGGGGAUGUGCUACAAAUGCCAUAUACUAAUGCUGUGAUCCAUGAAGUACAACGAUGUGGAGAUAUUGCUCCCAUGGCCAUGCCCCGUAUGACCUACAGAAAUAUGGAAAUUAAAGGUUACAUUAUACCAAAGGGCACGACUGUGAUCACCAACCUGUCCUCUGUGCUCAAGGAUCAGCAAGUAUGGGAGAAACCUUUCCAGUUUUACCCAAAGCACUUCCUGGAUGAGAACGGAAAGUUUGUAAAACGAGAAGCAUUUAUGCCAUUUUCUGUAGGUCAGAGAGCUUGUCUGGGAGAACAACUUGCCAGAAUGAAACUCUUCCUGUUUCUCACCACUUUAUUACAGCAACUUACAUUUGAGAUACCGAAUGACCAACCUCGUCCAAGAGAAGAUCCUCUGUAUGAGUUAUUGCUAACUCCAUAUCCCUAUAAUAUACAUGUGAUAGCUAGGGUAUAA